CGGACCAUUUUUGUGUCACAUCGUUAGCUGUCCGUCAAACCAAAUCGUGGAGUCGCAGACAUUUCUACAAUUUAUUGUUUUUGUUACAGUCGUGUUGUGAUUAGUUUUAAUGGACGACACGGAGCACACAGACAAAGAAGACAAUGCGCCUUCAGUUAUUGAGCGGUACUACACGCGGUGGUACAGAGCCGAUAUGAAGGGGAAACCAUGUGAGGACCAUUGCAUCCUGCAGCAUUCAAACAGAAUAUGUGUUGUCACAUUAGCAGAGACUCACCCGAUCCUCCAGAACGGACGGACAAUCAAGAGCAUCAAUUACCAGAUCAGCGAUGGCUGCAGUCGGCUGAAGAAUAAAGUGUCCGGGAAAUCCAAGCGGGGCGGACAGUUCCUUACUGAUUUCGCACCUUUGUGUAGGAUCACAUGUUCAGAUGAAACUGAAUACACAAUCUACAGCUGCAUCAGGGGCCGUCUUCUUGAGGUCAAUGAGAGUAUUUUAGAAACACCUAAACUCCUGCUGGAAAAGCCAUCCACUGAGGGAUACAUCGCUGUCAUCCUGCCAAAGUUUGAAGAGAGCAAGAGCAUAACAGAGAAUCUUCUGAGCAGAGAGGACUUUGAAAGAAUCAUCUCCAAACGAAUUGCUGCUGAAUCACAGCCUUCCUGACAGCACCCUGUGUUCCUGCCCCAUUCAAGUCCGAACUGUUGUGGAGGUGUUAAUCUUCUGGAUAAAAAAAACUGGGGCUGGAAAGAAAAAACUGUGGAUGCCAUCCUGGAAAAAUGACAUUAACUUGUGGUUACUUCUAAAAUCUUUCAUGUAUAAUGCAAGCAUUGCACUCCCUGACCUAAACAGUGCUUUUAUUUGUUUAUGAAAUUGAAAGUUUGAGGAAGCUCCCUUAGUUUGUUUGUUUUUUAAAUUCAAAGAAC